UUAUCGAAAAAAUGGUUGUAAGCCCUGGACAGCCAAAUAAUAUGAUGACUAAUAGCAACAAUCAAAUGGCUGCUACUGCAAUUUCUCAGCAACAACAAAUUCAAAUGAAUAAUGCAACUUCUACAAAAUUUAGUGACAAUUAUGAUGUUAAGGAAGAAUUGGGAAAAGGAGCAUUCUCAGUUGUUCGUCGUUGUGUUCACAAAGCUACAAAUAUGGAAUUUGCUGCCAAAAUUAUUAAUACUCGAAAAUUGUCUUCAAGAGAUUUUCAAAAACUUGAACGUGAGGCCAGAAUUUGUAGAAAAUUAAAACACUCAAAUAUUGUUCGUCUUCAUGAUAGUAUACAAGAAGAAGGAUUUCAUUACCUCGUUUUUGAUCUGGUUACCGGUGGUGAACUUUUUGAAGAUAUUGUUGCUCGGGAAUUUUAUAGUGAAGCUGAUGCGAGUCAAUGUAUUCAACAAAUACUUGAAUCAAUUGCUUAUUGUCACGAUAAUAGUGUUGUACAUCGAGAUUUAAAACCAGAAAAUUUAUUACUUGCCAGUCGUGCUAAAGGAGCUUCUGUUAAAUUAGCUGAUUUUGGCCUUGCAAUUGAAGUUAAGGGAGAGGAUGAAGCUUGGUAUGGAUUUGCCGGCACUCCUGGCUAUUUAUCCCCGGAAGUACUUAAAAAAGAUCCAUAUGGAAAGCCUGUAGACAUUUGGGCAUGUGGUGUAAUUCUUUAUAUUUUACUUGUUGGGUAUCCUCCUUUUUGGGAUGAAGAUCAACUUCGGUUAUAUGCCCAAAUUAAAAAUGGCGCUUAUGAUGGACACUGUUACACCAGAAGCUAAAGCACUUAUUG